CUUAACCUUCUCUCCAUCAAACAUAACCAUUUGGUCUACAUGCCCAACUUGGCCUUCCAGGGCCUGCAGAACAUCAAGUGGCUUCGCCUCAGUCACAAUUCUCUGAAUUACCUGGACACUGAGGCGUUUGCCGGGUUGUUCACGCUCCACCGCCUCAACUUGGACCACAAUGCGCUGCAGUUCUUCCCAACCGACACCAUGAUGAGACUGCCAGAGGUGACUCAUCUGCACCUUAGCCAUAACCCCAUGACAUACCUGGGAGAGGAUGCAGUAUCCAUGGCAAAGCUGACCCACCUCUUCCUGGACCACAUGUCCCUGCAGGACCUGGUCAACACUGCCGUAUCCAAGUCCCCCAACCUUGUACACCUAGACAUCAGUCACAACCAGCUGCGUGUCCUUCAGCCCUUUUCUGAAGGCUCCCCCAAGCUGGCACGUCUCAACCUGGCUGGGAACCCCAUCAACUGCAACUGCUACCUGCGUCCACUAAGAGAGUGGGCGAUCCGUCGCAAGGUGAAGCUGUUGGGGACGUGCGGAGGACCGGGUCAUAUGUCAGGAGAGAGUCUGGAGGCAGUCUACCCUAAGCAGAUGCGUUGCCAGAGCCAGGAAGCAAUGCUGAAGGCAGAAUUUGAGGAAGCCACCAGGAUAACUCCACCACCCACGCAAGCGUCAGGAAACGAGAUCAAAUGUCCCAACAACUGCGUCUGUGAGGCAGCGACCAACCAUUCCUCAUGUGAGAACCGGGGCCACACCAAAGUCCCUCGAGGUUUCUCCCCAGAGACACGUCUUCUUGAUCUGCGAGGCAACAACUUCCACUACAUCCCCAGCAACAGUUUCCCCGGCGUGGCCCAGGUGGUGUCCCUGCACCUGCAGCGCUGCAAGAUCGUGGAUGUGGAGGGUGGGGCUUUCAGUGGCAUGAAGGGACUGAUAUACCUCUACCUGUCCGAGAAUGACCUCACAUCCCUCAGCCAUGAAGCCUUUAAAGGUCUACCCAAGCUGACUUAUCUUCACCUGGAGAAGAACCGCUUUGCUGAUUUCCCCAAAGGAGCCUUUAAACUGCUGCCUAGUCUGCUAGCUCUUCACUUGGAGGACAACGCCAUUACCAAACUUGAGCCCGGGAUCCUGACUGGAGCCAAGGGUCUCCGAGGCCUUUACCUCACCGGGAACGCCAUUAGGAGCUUUUCACCUGGGGCUCUGGAUCAGGCCAGUGGUCUAGAUACGCUCCACCUGGGCGGAAACAACCUGACGAAGGUUCCCACUGAGGCUUUGAGCAAGGCAAGGAACAUCAAGGAGCUCAGACUGUCUGGGAAUUUGAUCCAUUGGGUAGGUCCGAAUGCUUUUAAACCUCUGGAGGGAUCUCUGAAGGAACUGUAUCUGGAUAAGAUGGGGCUGGAGAAGAUGUCCGAGAACUCCCUAGCUGGUGUGGGUCCAGGGUUAAGAAGUCUGUUCCUGGAGGGAAAUAAAUUAGAGGAGGUGCCUGACUUCCACCCACUAACUUCCUUGGAAGUAAUCAACCUGGCUGAGAACCCUCUGAUGUGUGACUGCCCUCUACUGCCACUACGCUUAUGGAUUGAGAAGGUUAAUCUCAAAGUGAGAGCCACCUGUGCUAAUCCCCCUGAGGUGAAGGGUCAAAAGGUCAAAGACGUCCACGUAUUUAAGGCCUGUCCCGGCGGAGGGAAUCAACCUGCCAAGCCAACCGGCACCUCAAAGCCAGGAAGGAGGUUGAAGCGCAGAUCGAUUAGUGUUCGUUGCCGCUUCAACAAACACAGAUGUUACAAGACCGAUAAGUAACACAGACACCUGCUGUUGCAAUACAUACACAACGCCUUCAUGGCGAACAGCCAUUUCUCAAGGGUGGGUUUAAAAGCCCGCUGAAUUUUUACCAUCACAGGAUAAGUAUAUGAUGUUGUAUUUUGUUCUACUUCUGGUCUGAUUCUUUUACUGGCUUC